GGACUUCUCAGUUGUUCUAAAGAUAGGUUGAGGUGAAGUAAAGAGAAAUGGAAGUCAUUAAUUUUAGAACCGUUAUUGUGCCCGAAGAGAAAUAUGCCACAUAUGAUGACAUAACGAAGAAAUUUAAGACAUAUCUCGAACAGCUGACAUUUUAUUUUGAAGCAUGUGGUCUGAUGGACGUCAGUCUCAGCUUUUUGAAAGCGAAAAAAUCUGAAGAAGAAGAUACCCCAGAAAUAGAAGAACUUAUCAUACAAGUUUCAGCCAAGUGUUCGCUAGAAAACGAAGAUUGGGUGCACUACUGUCGACAGUUGCGCAGUGAAUGGAAGAACUUAUUUUAUCCAAAUCCCACCCCAAUUUUGGCGUUUUAUGAAAGCAAGUCUUUCAGCUCCUCACGCAAGCAUUCUCACGUAUACACUGCAUACAAGACUAUUAGUUUUGGAAUUUUACCGCAUGAUGGAGCCUUUCAUCAGUACUCCUCACUGGAGUCAAAUCAGAUUUUAGACUCUCACCACGUUAAUUUUUAUCACGACAGUCGGUCUGUUACUAUAAAAUACGAUGCUUGGGAAUUAGAGUUCUCGUACAGUAAUAUUAAAAAUGUAUUUGUCAAUAUCGAUUCGAAUUCUCAUGAAAUAUUUUUUGAUUUGUGCAACCCACCUCUUAUUUUUGAAACUGAACAACGUUACAGUAAAUAUAUAGGAAAUUAUCAAAUAAGACACAGAUCUGCUACCAUUACGACUGGUCCGAGCUGUUGGGGUAGAAGGAGGAAUAAUAAUUAUUUGCCUGUCGGCGAAAGGAGAGCAUUAUUUGACGUUGAAACGCUUGGAAAAGCUACGGUUAUGAAACUAUCAUUUACAAAUGCUAUCGUCGUUGAAGAGAUCGUUAGCAGAAUUCAUGCCAGGUGCGGUGAAAAACCAAUACAUUAUGCCUACAUUGUUACUAAGCAGAAAGAAAAACCUGACAUUCCUGACGUCAAUUGGAAUCAUUUCGGAUCUACAUACAUGAUAACAUCGAUUUUUAAAAGAAGUUUUACAGUUCCUUCUCAAACAUCCAACAUACAUACCUCUCUACGUGUUUUAGAAAAAUUUUCUUUGCAAAAUGGAGAUUGUCUCGAAAAAGCAUUAACACUCGUCUUAUCGACUUUAGAAUCAGGGAAGAUCAUGAACUAUUGGCACGCCAUUGAGCGACAAUAUUACUUUUAUCUUAAUCACAAAGAUGAAAUGGAUUACAUGCACUAUAUCGUGCCCGAGAAGUGCCGAUUAAUCCGUCGCAUAACUGUGACACCCACGCGUCAAUUGCUUUGGCCACCUGAAAUUAUGUUCGGUAAUAGAGUUUUGAGAAAAUUUGAUCCAGAAUACGCCAUUCGCGUAUCAUUUAGAGAUGACGACAAUUCUAAAUUAAGUGGCAAAGCAGCAUAUGCUGAGAAAGGUAUUUUUGAAUAUUCGAUCCGUAGACCAAUGUCUACAGGAAUACGCAUUGGAUCUCGCCACUAUGAGUUCCUGGCUUGGUCUAAUUCCCAGAUUCGUGAUCACGGCAUAUGGACAUACGCUAGAGAUACUGAAGGUAAUACAGUUCAGCAUAUCCGAUCGUGGAUGGGAGAUUUCUCUCACAUUCACUCAGUUCCCAAGUAUAUGGCAAGAAUGGGGCAAAGUUUUUCACAAACAGAAGACACUGUUACUGUACCAUUAGAUCCCCGUCACAUUCGGACAGAACCGGAUAUUGAAAGGGGAUAUGAUGUAGCUAAUGGUGGCAAGCCCUAUUGUUUUUCUGAUGGUAUUGGACGUAUUUCAACGAACUUAGCAACUGAGGUGCGCAAUGCUCUGGGCCAUGAUAAACUCUGCAGUGCAUUCCAGAUACGGUAUGGUGGCUAUAAAGGCAUGCUGGUAGUAGAUCCUACCUUAAAAGAUGCGGACAUAGUGUUUCGAAAGAGCAUGAAAAAAUUUGAUUCCCCUCAAAAUCAAAGAUUGGAAAUUGCUAGAACAAGUGCUCCAAUCAGCCUCCAACUAAACAAGCCAUUCAUUGCUUUGUUGAAUGAUUUGGGGGUGCGCCACAGGACGUUUUUGAGAUUGCAAGAAAGCAUGCUCCGCAAUUUGACAGACAUGCUAUUCGAAGAGAGACAAGCUGCCGAAUUUUUGGCUUCCAAAACACCUUCCGAGAUUUUUAAGUACAAAGAAAUAUCUAGAUCUGGAAUUUUUCUUACGACAGAACCUUUCUUCAGGUCGCUGUUGCUCGCUCUUCAUCGUCAUCACGUUGAGAAUAUCAAGAAAGGAGCAAAUAUUAUAAUUGAUCCCAGCCUUGGACGAAAUAUGUUGGGGGUACUAGAUGAAACAGGAUUGCUACAAGAAGGAGAAGUAUUUGUUAAGUACACAAAAGACAUUUCAAAAGGUGAAACAACACAGGAUACCGUCACAUUAAGAGGUGAAGUGUUAGUGACCAAAAAUCCGUGUGUUUUGCCUGGAGAUGUGCGGAAGUUCACUGCUGUUGAUCGAGCUGAAGUAUCACGAAGACUGGGACAUAUUGUGGAUUGUAUUGUAUUUCCUCAGAAUGGAAGGAGACCUCAUCCUACCGAAAUGUCUGGUUCUGAUUUAGAUGGAGACGAGUAUGCUGUUUUGUGGUUUAAAGAUUUGAUUUUUUAUGCCGCCAAUCAACGGCCUGGUCAUUUUCCAAGUGCUUCCAUUCCAGACAAGGCAGUUAUUACUGUGGAUGACAUGAUUGAAUGUUUAAUCAAUUACAUAAAAAAUGAUCAAGUUGGAACAAUUGGUCAUGCACACCUUGCUCAUGCUGACCAAACUAAUAUUUUCUCCGAAAUUUGCAUCGAUAUAGCUAAAAAAAAUUCAUAUGCUGUCGAUUUUGCCAAGACUGGUGUGAGUAAAAAUUUAGAUCAAGAAGAACGUCCAAACGUUUUUCCUGAUUUUAUGGAGAAGUACUACAAAGAGACGUACAAAUCAAAGAAAGCACUCGGAAAAAUGUUUCGUGUGGUUAAAGACUUCGAGUCCGAGAAUGAAUAUGCUAGCAUUACGUACCGCGAUGUACAGGUAGACCAAGAUUUAAUAUUUCCCGGAUGGGAAACCUACAGAGAAGAUGCUGUCAAGUCAAGGAACAAGUUCAACACGUUACUCAAAACUGUACUAAGAAACUACGGAAUACAACACGAAGCAGAAGUAUUUUCUGGUGCCUUCACAAACCUGCAUUGCCGAUUCCAGGAGAGAAAAGACAAAGCAGAUAUUGAAAAAAUUGUUGUGCGAUGCAUCAAGAGACUAGCUAAAAGUAUGCGAGAAGAAUUUUUAGAAGAAUUCAAGGAGUAUAGUAACAUCAACGAAGCUUACCUUGGUAUGUUACACAAAGCUUCAGCUUGGUAUGUUGUAACAUAUCGUGAUGGUGAUAGAAAAAUCCUGAGUUUCCCGUGGACGGUAUCAGACUACUUGGCAAACAUUAAAGUUAAAAAGGUGCCUGCCCAAGAGUCAUUGUUUUCUCCAAUUGUUGCGAAAAUGGACCAGCAAAUUAAGUCCGUGGAUUCUAAACGAAGUUUCUUGGAAUCGAAUGAAUGGAAUCGUUAUAAUUAUCUUUGUGGUGAUCCCAACAUUGUCGAGUGCGCUUUACGCGUGUUGGUAUCAUGGGCUGAAGACGAGGAAAUAAUUGAAAUACCUGGUCGAAGAGUGGAAGGACUCAUGUUCAAGAGUAGUUUUACAAAACUUUUCCUUCAUGUUGCUGAAGUUUCGCAAUAUAUAAUUAAAAAAGGUAAACGAUGUGACAUACCAAAGGGAAAACUGUAUUCCCCCGCUUCCUUAUGCAUUGAAUUUUGGAGGUUCUGUGUCAAGUUAAGGUUUUAUAAUCAGUAUGAGGUACUUCAAAUCGUACCUUUCAAAGUAUAUAAAUAUAAAACUCUUUCCAAACGAGCUGUUGUGACCUAUCACAGAUUUGCCGUUUUGGGGGAAUUCGAAAAUUUGUACUUUGAGUCUGGCAUGGCGCAUGAAAAGAUGGACAUGAAACCAUUAUAUAUAAACAACAAGGUAUUUAAGCGAUCUCCAAUCGACGAAAAAUCACUGAAAUUGGCUGAGAAAACUUUGAUGAAGUAUUCUUCCGCGGAUAACGUGGAAUUGAGGGAAAUUUUACAGACGAAGAAAGUUCUUGUGAGUGCAAGAGGCGCCGAACAAUCGUUAAAAACAUUAAAGACCAUUCUGGACAAAAAACCAGUUUUUAUAGCUCAGUUAUUUUCUACUGGUGUAAUGCCUGAAUCAUAAUUUAAUACAACAUUCACCAGAUCGCGGAUACAUACAUUACUCUUUAGGACUUAAUGAACGUGUUUAUUUUAUACAUAUCUAAAUGUUCAUGUGCAGCCAUGUCGCUCAACUAAAAGCAUGAUAAUAUUUCUUUUUAUUUACAUGAUUUUAAUACUUUGUCUUUUCUUUUACUUGAAUGCUACUAUCUUCCAUUCUUUAUUUUGUACGAAACAAUUUUUUUUAUUAACAAAAACCUAUACAACGUUGCUUUAAAUCCGUAAUCUUGUCUUUCUUUUUCUUUUUUUUUGUUGUAAUAUCUACCCAAAUUUUAAACAAUCUAAAUGAGAAAUAUUGGUAAAAAAAAAGGUCUUUUUUCCCGAUAUUUUUAAAUUACAUUACAAAAUGCUGGUCGGGACCCAUUAAAAUAUUACCGAACGAUAUUUUGGACAUCUCUCUUGACAACAAAAAUAAGCAAAUCUCAACUUUCUUUCGUGCUUAUAAAAGAAAGUCGGAGAACUCCCGUUUUGGUAUAAUUUUGAUUUUAACUGUAGUAAUCCAAUUUUAAGACUCAAUUCAAAUGAAAGGUGUAUUCUGGCAUUAACCCAUUCGCGUCCACUGUCACAAUUGAAUGCCAUCCGGAAACGCUCUAAUUUCCUGGUGGUGUGCUAGCUGAAUAUAGAGUGACAUUAACAUGAGUAAAACGAAACUGAAUGAGUUUAUAACAUUAUAAGUUUACGAAAUGAGCUUGUGAUUUUAAGAUAAUAUUUUUGACUAUGUAUUGUUUUCUUUUUAUAAGGUUUAUUGUUUUCAUUAGAGUAAGAAAAUAUGAAUUGUGAAUGCUUUGAAAUAUUCUUUCAUUUAUUAUACAUAUAAUUUUUUCAAUUAAAAACAGUCAUAUUUAUUAUGUAUAAUUCAUAGACCAUUUUUUCAUAAUAAAUAUGUCUGAUAUAUCCUUUAACACGUUUCAA